AUGGCGAAUCAAUGCCGCCAUCAAAUAGGCAUUCCCCUAGAGCCGGACAACAGCAGCUCUAGUACUGGCAGAAGGCCGAAGAUGUGGGAUCUGGAUGGGCUUCUGACCGGACAGCAGUGGGCGGGAGACCGGCCAUUGUACUGUGGAACCCAUCCAGAAAGAGAAAUUGAGGACAUGUAUAAUAAUCUAGAUGCAUUAUUAGAUAUGGUCAACGACAAAGAUUAUCUUGUUAUUAUGGGGGAUUUUAAUGCAGUGGUUGGAGAAGGCAUAGAUGGGAAAGAAGUAGGCAGUUUUGGAUUAGGGAAGAGAAAUGCAAGGGGCGAAAGAUUAGUACAAUUCUGCAAAGAAAACAAACUAUCACUGGCUAAUACGCUAUUUCAGCAACCAAAACGGAGACUCUAUACUUGGAAGAUGCCAGGAGAUAUCAAUAGAUACCAGUUGGACUACAUAAUUGUGAAGCAAAAAUAUAGAAACCGCUUGGUGUAUUGUAAGACCUUGCCAGGUGCCGAUAUAAGCUCCGACCAUAAUCUACUUAUAAGUAAACAUUUUAUAGAAAAGAACAAAAAUAUCAGAAAGAAUAAGAGAAAAAAUAUUGAUCUCACUAAACUUAAGGACCCGGACAUAAGAGUGCAAUAUAGUAAUACACUAGGAGACAAAUUAAAAUUAAUUAAGGAAGAAGAUAUUGAAUAUAAUAAUACAAAUAAUUUAUCAACGGACAUAGAAUACAAAUGGAAUAGUGUAACCGAUAUUAUAAAGACUAGUGCGGAAGAAUACUUAGGAAAGGAAAAUAUAGUGCCAAGAAAAGAUUGGAUAACAAAAGAUAUUUUAGACAUGAUGAUUGAAAGAAGACAGUAUAAGGGUAAAAUUGACAAUGAUAGUGUAAUAAAAUACAAACAACUUACAAAUAAAAUAACUACCAAAUGCAGGGAGAAAAAGGAAGAAGACGUAGAAAGAAAAUGUGAUUUGAUAGAACACUACAUGAAUAGAGGACAUAUGGAUAAAGCAUAUAAAAAUAUAAAAGAAAUGAAUAAGAACUACAAAACGAAGAGUACUGUGAUAUUAGAUGAGGGAGGAAAAAUGCUUCUAAAUGAUAAGGAUAUUAUAAAUAGAUGGAAGAGAUAUAUAGAAAACUUAUAUUCGGGUCAAGGCUUGGACAUAGAGGACAUAGAACUUGAAAUAACAGUUGAUAGAGAUAGAAUGGGCCCGGAUAUACUUAGGGAAGAAUUCAACAAGGCGCUAAUAGGAAUACAGAAUGGAAAAGCCGCAGGUGAUGAUGGCCUAUACAUUGAAUACAUUAAGUACGCAGAAUGUGACCCCAUCAAAGAAGAGAUUUUUAUGAUAACACAAGAUAUAUACAAAACAGGAGUUAUACCAAAGGAUUUCCAAGUCAGUAAAACUAUCACAUUGCCCGAACACUUUAAAAUGCGAAGAACACAGGACACUAAGCUUAAUCUCACAGGCGUCGAAAAUAUUACUGAAAAUUAUUCAAAAUAG